UGACAGAUCAACUUACUCAUGCGGUUUACAUUCGACUUUUUCGAGUAUUUCUACAUUUUUUACAAGAUAUGGCUCCACCUCCGAGAGGGAAGAGACCCAGGUUUUUUGAUCCUGAUGAGGUUCGUGAGAUGGUUAUGAGAGAGACACCACCAGCAUUAGCUAGGGCCGAUUCUGAUUCGGAUGAGUCGCUAGAAAGUGCGAGCGAGUCAGAGCCAGACUUGGAGCCGGAGAGGUCCGGCGAUGAGCAGGGCGGAGAGGUCGGUGGCGGUUUAGGGACGGACGAUUAUCAGCAUGAUUCUGACAGCGAGGUUGAAGAUGAUGACGAUCAACCACAACAACAGCUACCACAACAGCAACCAGACAUGUGGAUUGAUCUCGGCGAUGAAGACUGGGCACCUUCGUGGCAGCAGAACUCGUACCAAGAAAGGCCAAAACUUCUCUUCGAUCACACCGACUACGAGCCUGUCGACUACUUCUCACAGUUCUUUCCUGAUGAAGUGUUUGAGCUGAUGGCAACUCAGACAAAUUUGUACGCAAAACAGACCAUUGGAAGGUUAGGUGUGCUGCAGCAACACUCCAGAUUGAACAAGUGGACGGAUACGACUCCUGCAGAGCUGAAAGCCUUUAUAGCUCUUCAAAUGGCGAUGGGCCUCGUGACCAAGUCUGCUACCGACCAGUACUGGGAGGAAAACUGGCUUCUCGGCACACCUGGAUUCUCUACAGUCAUGUGUCGUAAUAGGUACCAACUGCUAAACUCCAUGCUGCACCUGGUCGACAAUGAGCUGAGGAUUCCCCGCGGACAACCUGGUUAUGAUCCUUUGUUCAAAGUCCAGCCUGUUAUAGACCUUGUUCGCCCAACAUACCAGCAGUCUUUUUCACCAGGUCGUGAACUGGCGGUCGACGAAAGCUUGGCACCGUUCAAAGGGAGACUCUCUUUUCGACAAUUCAUGCCUAUGAAGCCAAAGAAGUUUGGUGUAAAGUUCUGGGUAAUUACCGACUCAUCCAACGGUUUCUGUCUGGAUUGGAGCGUAUACACCGGCAAGGAGGAAGGGAGAGGAGGAGACGGUUUGAGCACCAAAGUCGUCAAAGACCUGACUCGGCCUUAUGCUGGGAGUGGACGCCAUGUAUACAUGGACAAUUUUUAUACAUCGCCACAGUUAUUCGAGGACCUGAAGGAAGUUAAUCUUGGUGCAUGUGGGACCCUCCGUCUCAACCGAAGGGGCAUACCGCCAAUGAUGAGGGAAGCAGCUGCCGCAGCCCGGAAAGGUGACGCACCAAAAUUCUUCAGGAGAGGUGACAUGCUGGGUGUCACAUGGCACGACACAAAGCGGGUCAGCGCUCUGUCAACCAUCCACCCAUCUGGAUGUCAACAGAGGCAGGUGCGUGACAGAAGAUCGGCAGGAGGGGUUCGUCAGGUCACCAAGCCAACUGCAAUCUGUGGCUACAAUUCAUCAAUGGGAGGAGUAGACUUACUGGACCAGCGUAUGUCCUACUAUCGCUAUCCUCACCGGCAUAUAAAAUGGUAUAUGGUGGUAUUCCACUUUUACUUGAAGUUGCACUCGUCAACGGAUAUCUCGCCUAUCGUUUGGCUACGGGCUCUUCUGUGUCAACAAGGAAGUUUCGGAUGGAGGUCAUCAAUGGACUCGUCAAUGGCUUCGUGA